AUGGCUCGAUUGUUUGUCACGCAUUUCGAGAAGUUCGAUAUUAUCAAACAGUUCCACGACGCUGGAAUCAAAGCAGUCAUCAAUUUGGAGCAGCAGGGAGAGCAUGCGUUUUGUGGGGCCGGCUUGAGUUCUUCAGGGUUUAGUUAUGAGCCGGAAGAACUGAUGAAAAACAAUAUAUUCUACUUUAACUAUCCUCUGCCGGACUUUGGCAGCUGUUCAAAGGAACAUCUGCUCGACAUAGCCAAAGUUGCCAAGAACGCCUUAGCUUCAGGAAAACUAGCAAUUCACUGCCACGCUGGACAUGGUAGAACGGGUAUGGUAAUAGCGGCAAUUGUUAUGUACACAAAAAACAUGACAGCGUUCGAGUCAGUCAAGUUGGUCAGAAGCAAAAGAUCUCAAUCCGUUCAAAGUAUUUCACAAGUCGAUACUCUCAAUCAGUUUGAACAGCUGAUUUUCGAGAAUGCAACUAAAUAUCGGAACCGCCAGUUCAGUUCGAUCAAAGAAUUUGUUAAAUUCAGUACAUGGUUACUGAGCAAAGCAGAGUCCCGAAUAUAUGGCCUUAUUCCCAAAGUUGUCUACGUGACCUGCCCAAAACUUUUAGAAGAAUUUUAUGACGAAGUUAGGCUUGAAUUGGCAACUACCGAAAACUUAGAGCCAACAAGCUUCAAGUAUCGCUUGGGGGCGAAAAAAAAUGAUAUCAUAAUUAAAGAGGAACAUCUGCUUCUCUUGAAAAGUGAGCGUUUACGAGCCAUAAACGUGGGAAGGACUUUAAACCAGGAAGAAAACAUUCCGGCUUAUGUUACGCUUGUUGGAGUUCUGGAUGAUUUUCUUAUGAAUAACUUUCAUCAGUUAUGCAGUUCAGCCGAAUUAAUUUCUUCGAUUGAGUCUGAAGACUGUGAAACUGUAAAGGAUUGGCAGUGGACACUCAAUUUGUUGAUCUCAACAGGAACCCAGUUACCAACCGAACUACAAAGCACUUUCGCUCAAUUGUGCUCCAUGUGGUUCUGCAGAAAAAGCGAUAGUGAAGAGGCUAUUCACAAUAGUAUUUUGAGGUUAUCCCGAAUUGUUGUAGAAUAG